AUGGCUGUCUCGCCCCUCAUCGUACCUCCAGGCUCUGAAAGAGCCACUGCGGCUACCAAGUCCAAGCUCUCAACAACUCAAGUACCAUCUAAUGGCGCGACUCCAGAGCCCGCGCAUGCAAUCAACGGCGCGGGCCCUGAUCUUGCAGAGCAGAUGAAUGAAGAUGAGAAGCAUAAAUACGUCAAAGGAAAGAAACUCGGUGAAGGUACCUAUGCGAACGUCUACCUAGGCCACCUCCGCACCGAUCCCUCGCACCUCGUGGCUAUCAAAAAGAUCAAAGUGCAAAAGGAAUACACCGAGGGCAUGGCACCUGACGCCAUUCGCGAGCUCAAACACCUACAGGAGCUCUCGCACCCGAACAUCAUCUCCCUCCUCUCGGUCUUCUCCUCCAAAGACCAGAACCUCAACCUCGUGCUCGAAUACCUCCCGCUCGGCGAUCUCGAAAUGCUGAUCAAGGACAUCGAGGGCGUGCGCUACGGCGCGCCCGACAUCAAGGCCUGGAUGGGCAUGCUCUGCCGCGCCAUCUGGUUCUGCCAUGAGAACUUCGUGCUGCACCGGGAUAUCAAGCCCAACAACCUGCUGAUCGCGGCCGACGGCGAAGUCAAGCUCGCGGAUUUUGGUCUGGCCCGCUCCUUCUCCGAUCCCUACCGCCUCAUGACCUCCAAUGUCAUCACGCGCUGGUACCGCCCGCCCGAGCUGCUCUUCGGCGCCAAGCACUACUCGGGCGCCGUCGACAUCUGGUCCGUCGGGCUGGUGUUCGCCGAGCUCGUCAUCCGCACGCCGUACAUAGCGGGCGAUACCGAGGUGCACCAAGUAUCGCUGAUCUGCCAAGCGGUGGGGACGCCAACGGAGGAGGUGUGGCCGGGCGUCAGCUCCCUGCCCGAAUACACGGUGCCCGACCCGCCGAAUCCCGUGCGCGGCAAGGAUCACUACCUGGCGACGUUUGGGACGGCCGGCCAGGAAGGCGUGGAUCUGCUGAUGAGCAUGCUGGUGCUGGAUCCAAGGAAGAGGAUCACGGCUAGGGAGGCGCUGCAGCAUGCGUGGUGGGCGAGCGAGCCGAAACCGACGCGCAAGGAGGACUUGCCGAGGAAGAAGGGAGGGGAGGAGAAGGUUACGGAGGAUUUGAAGAGGAGGCCAGGCAUCUUGGAUGAUGAGCGCGGGACGAAGGUAGCGCGGAAACUCGACUUUUCGAGUUUGAAGUAA